CUUACUAUUCAUAACCACGCCAGCACGCGCGAAGAGCCCAACGUCCCAACUAGAGCUCUCUUCCACGCCUCUUUCUCCAAUCUCCACCUCCCCACUCCCCCUCUUCCUCCGCCGAACUCCAACUCGCCAAGGCAACCAGCGGCCAUGCCGGCGGCGGUCGCUUGCUCCGUCAAGUGCCGGCCCCACCACCGCCUCUCGGCGCCGCAGCCCCACGCCGCGCUGGAGCUCCUCCCCCGCGCCCCGGCCUCCGCCGCCGGCGAGCUGCGGGCGACCCGGUGCCGGACCCCGCCUUCCCUCUCCUUCGCGCGCGCCUCCGACCAAGGGGAGGCUCCCUAUGCCCGCCCGCCGUCCGCAAGGCGGGCCCGCGCUGCCGUGGCGGGGUGCGAGGAAGUCGGCCCCGCUUCUUCCGCGGCCGCGGCCGCCCUGCUCGCCGGCGCGCAGUCGCGGCACGCUAUCUUCCGCGAGGAGCUCGUGAGGAGGGCCUACUACGCGGCGGAGGCGGCCCACCGCGGCCAGAUGCGCGCGAGCGGCGACCCUUACCUGCAGCACUGCGUGGAGACGGCGGCGCUGCUCGCGGAGCUCGGCGCAGGCCCUCCGGUUAUCGCGGCGGGGCUGUUGCACGACACGGUGGACGACGCAGGCCUGGAUUACGGCUCCAUCUCCGAGCAAUUCGGUGCUGGCGUUGCGGACCUCGUGAAGGGGGUUUCUAAUCUAAGUCAUUUGAGCAAACUGGCUCGUAGAAACGAUACGGCGAGCAGAACUGAUGAAGCUGACAGAUUGCGUACAGUCUUCCUUGCAAUGGAGGAUGCGAGAGCAGUGCUUAUCAAACUUGCUGAUAGGCUACACAAUAUGAGGACGUUGGAUUCAUUGCCCAAGAUCAAACAGCAGUGCUUUGCAAAGGAAACACUGGAGAUAUUUGCUCCAUUGGCGAAUCAAUUGGGCAUCUUGAACUGGAAGGAGCAGCUUGAAAAUCUGUGUUUCAAGCAUCUUUACCCAGAGCAAUAUGAGGAACUGUCAUCCAACCUUCAUGAGUUUUACAACAGAGAUAUGAUUGCAGCUGCAAUAAGGCGAUUGGAACAGGCCCUUCAGGUGAGAGGUCUAUCCUAUCGUUCCAUAUCAGGGAGACACAAGAGCAUAUACAGCAUCUACAGCAAGAUGACAAGAAAAAAACUGGACAUGGAUGAAAUCUAUGAUGUACAUGGAGUGCGUGUGAUACUCGAGAAUAAAGCUGAUUGCUUCACCACAUUAGAAGUUGUCCAUCACUUGUGGCCUAGAAUUCCUGGGAAGUUUAAAGACUAUGUCAGCAGCCCCAAAUCUAAUGGGUACCAAUCGCUGCACACGGUUGUUCUCAGUGAAGAAACACUCCCAUUAGAGAUCCAAAUUCGUACUGCGGACAUGCACUUGCAGGCAGAGUUUGGAAUCGCUGCACAUUGGAGAUACAAGGAAGGCGUACGUAACUGCUCUUCAUCUCUGCCUGAAAUGGUUGAAUGGGUUAGAUGUGUCGUUACAUGGCAGUGUGAAACUUUGCACAUAGACCACCCUUCGCCUCCUGGACUUGGUUCUUCCCCAAGGGCAACAUGCACCUUCCCUUCUGACUCUGAUGGCUGUCCUUUCUCCUAUUCAAAACAAUGUGACCACACUGGACCAAUCCUAGUGAUACUUCUGGAGAAUGAAAAGAUGUCGGUGCAAGAGCUCCCACAAAAUUCGAAAAUACUGGACCUGUUGAAGAGGGCUUCAAGCUACGACAUGCAGUUGAGCCUAAGGCUGAACAGCCAUGCUGUGCACAACCUGAACCAGGAGCUGAAGAUGGGCGACGUGCUGGAGCUGAUCCCUUCAACUCCAUGCAAAUCUGGAGGCUACAUGAGGGAGCUCAACCAAAUGUCUGAUCACCGUCUCGCCGUUUCGCAGUCUUGACAGCCGUAGACCAGCAGAUCUUGUGAAUACAUAUAUGACAGCGCAGCUAAAUCGUCUGAAGUUUAGGUGACCGCACUGAUAGAAUCAUAACAGAUAGUGUAGCAUUUGGUGUAUAUUUUUGUUGAUACAUUUGUUCAAGUAGAGCAAAAAAAGUUAACUUGUAAAUAGUACGUGAUACAGCUCGGGAAUUGUUCUUAGUUUUAAAACACCUAUUGAGAAAAUAGAACAUGGUUAGGCUAAGUGAUUUCAGUUUUCUACUUGUUCAGAUAUUGGCUAUGAAUUUGCAAUUACAUGUGAAUAUGUUUUU